UAACCUUCGACCUGUAGAGUCAAAGGGCAUUUUGGCCUUGCCAGUUCUGCCAUCAUCAAAAGAUGGUCUUUGACAAACUCUUUGGAAGGAGCAAGGGGAAUUCAGAGCCAAAUACUUCUGCCUUAGGCAGUGCUCUUCAACAGACGCAAUUACGCACUCCAUCGCCGACGGCUUCAAUUUCAGUUGGCACAGCUCCUCCCCAGUCCCCUGAGGUUGGGCUUGCUGGAGAAGCAAGAGGAGUGAAGCGCUCUCGGACCUCUUCACUAGAUCAGAAGACCACUGGUCAAAUUGUUACCGAUAUCCUUACUCGAGAGCAAGUCGCACCUCCUACAAGUCCUGCUGAACUACUUGCACGCGUCAAGAAGGUGCCACCAAAGACUUUGCACUCUUAUGUCGUGGCACAUUUACCACAUACACCUCUGGAAGUGAGCGAAGCACUUAUGACAUUCUUUGCGACUUUGGUUCCUCCCCCAAGGGUUCACUGCGUACGGUGCCAUAAAGACUAUACCGAGGUCGAGAAUACCGAUCGUAGCUGCCUUGUACCUCAUGAUGAUGAAAGCGCAGAAGUCGAGUACGUCGGCAACUCAAAAAGCAAAAUUGCUGGCGUUGUCGGCAGUACGUACGAGACCCUAUGGGGCUGUUGCAACAAAGUAGUCGAGGGUGAUGGAGACCAAGGCCCACCGGACGGAUGGUGCUUUGAGGGAUACCAUACUACAGAUAUCAAAAGAGCGCGCUUUCGAGCGGACUCGACUAUUCACGACGACAAACUAGUAUCAUGCAAGCGUAUGCGUUGCUUCAUUACUGGUGAGAGCGCCGCGGGCUCGGAGCGUGGUCGAAGUCAGCGUGCGGCAGCAAGGAAGAACCUCCGAGAAGCAAGUGACGAAGAAGAGGACUAUGAUGAACGAGAACUUGUGCGUGAGGCUAAAGCGCUGGCAGAAGGAAGCGAAACCGACGAAACCGGGAGUGUCAGAGCGAAGAAGAAGGCUUCGAAAGGUCGCAAGCGUAAAAGUGAAGCUAUGGAAGUGGAUGCCGCAGGUGACGGAGGCUCGGAAGGUCGGGGUGGCGUGUUGGCAUCCCCGUCGACCUCAAAGCCGAGGCCGAAAAGUAAGGCAGAAAGCAUGAAGCCCAAAUCCGUUGCAAAAUUGGACCUAGGCGUGUCGGAUUCUGGCUUACCUGCAGGGAGUCCUCCUAUCGCUACGGAGGGUGGGGAUGUGGACAUGGCCGUCCCUGAAAGCGAGUCAAAGCCAAAGCCCAAAAAGCCGCGGAAACCGCGAAAGAGUACAGGCGCGGGCGCUGAUGGCAAGUACGUCCCGCCCAAGGGUGAAGUGGAAUCAAGUGACUUCGAUGAGGACGAUGACAAGCCAAAGCGCAAAAAGGCGAAACGGAAGUCGACUGCCUCUACUGCGGCCCAGCCUACAUAGGCUUGUAGCGCGCAAGCAUGCCACGAUACUAACGGCCUCUCCUCAACUCCCCUCGCAUCUUUCGUCUCUCCGAUUAUUUCUGGAUUAGGACGCUCAUCACGUCGGCGUUCGUAACCAUCUUCGCUUCCCUUAGGAUUAUCCGCUCUGGGUCCCUUCGUGAAGCUUGUUUUGCUUCUCUUUCCCGAGCUAUGAUGUCCAAGCGUCAUGACUUUCCAGUUUUGGCGUUUCCUCCAAUAAAAAAAUGAUUUCUGACUUCUCUAACCUUCACACAUGUAAGCGACCAACUUUCUGGCCGUCCCCCCGUCCUUGUCAGACCACAAUCCUUACCUCUCAUCUCCGUCUCUUCUAACACUCAUUGAAAUGGCACACGACACAAUCCUUAUCUCUCUCCUCGCAGAAAUUUAUGCUCCACUUAGUUAUAUUGUCUUCCACUCCUUCCUUAUCUUCUUGGCUCACUCUUUCGGGCUUCUUGAUAUAUCUUACUCACUAUUGAUAUCCCUUCCGGCGGAACAACGCCGUUAUACAAUAGGUCUAUAGGAUAUUUCAGUAGUGACUUAUAA